GGCAGGGGGGGGAGUGGGAGAGAAAUGUUCCCUCGGGGCCUCCACCUCUAUCGGCCCCGGCUGAAUCAAUUUUAAAGCACAUUUAUAAUAUGGGAUUACAAUGCUGAUGUCAUACACAGGUUACAUAAUGUCCCCCCGCUCAGCUAUUUAUAUGUCAUGCAGCUAUUUCUGUGUGAAAAAAACAUAUAUAAUUAAUGGUAGUACUUUUAAACGUGAAUUAAUAGGUUACUUUGAUAUUAAAACUCAGAUUUGGCGCUGGUUUAAAUGUGAUUUAUGUACACAUACAGCCAGAGGGAUAAUUCCUAUAAAGAUAGAUUUAUUUAAUUCAAGUGUCAUUAUAUAUAUGCAUUUGGUCUUUUUUUCUUUUGUUUUAUAGGAUAGGAAAUUAAAUGGAUUACAUGUGGUCUUUGUUUGCGGAAAUUCACCACAACAGGCCUUUUAUUGUGACACAAAAACAGAUUAAACACAACACUGAAGGGAGGAUUAUAGGAUUCAAGAUGACACCCCCCAUAUCUAGAUGGAAUCAAAUACAAGAAAAUAAAGUGUUAUUCAUGCUUAUCUUCAAUUUCUUAAGACAUCAGAAACUUACUGAGCCUUAAUGAGUGAAGUAUAUGAUGAAUUGGAAAUGGGGGACCCUGAUGUAAACAAGACGAAAGUCUUUCUCUGGUCUGCAUCCCCUUAACAAUUGUAUGUUUUGAGCUGUACUGUACUGUACCCAAUAUACAAGCUGUUAAUAAACUUUUCAAUCAAUUCAAUCAAUCAAUGAGGCUGCAGGACCAUCUAGUGGUUAAAUUGUGCACUUCCUGUUUUGAAGAGAAAUCCAACAUGGCGGCUCCCGUGUUGACGUUUCCAGCUGAGGAACUGCUCAUGUGAAGGAGCUGCAAACCAUGAAGGAUUUCAGCCACCAUGGAUGCCAAAGAAAUAAUCCACUGUGCUGUGCAGAUAGAGAGAUCCCUCGCAGACAGGAGCUAUGGGACCAUCCUGACCCUGCUCGGUGACCUCGAUAAGUCUCAGGUCACAGCGGAGCAGCUGGAGACCACAGACAUUGUGAAAGUGCUCUACAGGCUCCUGAGAAGCUGCUCUGAUGACAGCGUGAAGCAGACCGCUAAAGGCUUGUUGUCUAAGUGGAAGAGACAGUACAGCAAAGGAGCACAUGGAGUGAAAAGCAAGGAGGCCUCUCGUAGGGUUUCUCCUCCACAUGAGGCUGGAGAUGGAGGCGUUUCAAAGCAAGAGGAUUCCCACUUUGAGGUCGAAGCUUCCUGUAGUUUCUCAUCUGUGAGAUCUAAGUGUGUCCAGCUUCUUCUUUCCGCCCUCUGCCCUGAACCUCCUGAUCAACACAAGGCAGCAGAUCUGGCUGCAGAUAUAGAAAAGCACAUCCAUGAGCUCCACACACCCAGCCAGGUGAAAUACAAAGCCUGUGUGAGGAGCAGGGUGGCCAACCUGAGGAAUCCCAAACACAAGCAUCUGCGUCAGGGCCUUCUGAGCGGCGCACUGUCCCCGGAGGUGUUUUCCCGGAUGUCUGCUGAGGAGAUGGCGGGCGCGGAGCUCCGGCAGCUGAGGGAGGAGUACUCGUGGAGGGGGGUGAGCGAGAGGCAGCUUCCACGGGGAGUCGAAGGGACACAGACACAGAAGAUAAGGUGCAGAAACUGUGGGGGGUCGGACUGUAGGGUGACCCAGGUGUCACGGGGGGCCCUGUUCCUGCCGGCGUGGGUGAGGCAGAGCAGCCCCGAUGACGACUCCAUGACCUUUGUGACCUGCAGCGGCUGUGGGCAGCAGUGGUACCACAGCGGCUGGGUCUGCCUCUGAAUACACACAAACAAAGGACAGAGCAUUUUUGCAUGUUUGAGCACACACUUGAGAUUUAAAUAAGACUUUUUUUAAAGAUGCGUUCUUUAUUUCGUGUGCAUUCACCAGUUACUCCAUUAUGAAAAGCCCAAACAUUGCCUGAGCAAAACCACAGCUUUUAAAUAAGUUGCUUCAUCAUCUUCCUCCCGCUAAAUCAUUUCCUGCCUCCUGCACUUAAUCUACUUACAGUAACUCAUUGAAAUGCUUUUCCUGAA